UCUUGCCCAGCAAGGUAAGAAAUGUAACGGCAUCCUGCUAUGUAUAAGAAUAUCAGCACUGAAACCACCCUUUUUGUUGAUUUGUUCACUUUUACCGUUAAUUGACAUAUCAGACUAAAGUCCGCCAUGAGUUUGAAUAUAAAUUAACCGUGUAUUUUUACUGUUUGACGAUGUUAUUGAGGUGAAGCUAGCAUGCUAUAGAGGAGUUGACUGUUAGCCUGGCAGGACGAGCAUUAGCUUUUCUGUUAGCUGUUAAGCUCAUUUGAAAAUGUAUGUUAUGUUGGUAAUUUAUUAUUUCAGAGUCUUACUUAGUUUAACUUGACAGUUGUGUUUUUUUUUCAUUUAUGUAUUAUUUUUAAAUGUUAAUUAUUGAGUGAAAAAGAGAUGUAUUUAUUUAAAUAAGUUUAUUUUCUCUUGCUCUGCAAGGUUGAGGAUUUUGUUGAGGAUGUGAUGCCAGCAGCCACUGUGAUAGAGAGCAGCAGAGAUGUUACUGAGUGUUACUGUGAAAUAAACUGCAGUCGACACCUCAAACACAAUCCCGAACCCUCCUUCAGCAGCGGCUGUGUCUGUGGAGGCGGAGGGCGGAGGGCGGCUGUCCGUGGUGCUGCUGCUGCUGCUGCUGAUGAUGAUGGGAGGACUGAUGCUCUCCGGCUCCGUGCACAGCCGCUACUGCGCAUGUUGCAUGACAGGUACCACGCAAGCCUCCAUCUUGGGCAUCCCGAGCUGAGGCGAAAGGGCAGCAGCAGCCAUAUACACACUGAAAAUAACAACAAACCGGGCGCGAGGAGAGAGCGGAGAGCAGCAUGGGAAAGAAAAACAGCGGCUGGUCUGGAAGACUCUGUUAACGAUUACUACACUGUGUCAGCUUCACUGCCUCCAGUUUCCUGAGGAAUUGACAGGUGACAAAGCCAAACGGCUCAACCCACAGCAGAAUGGGCAUUAAGAAGCUCGCCAUCUUUCUCCUGGUCCUCUCUCUUUGUCUAGAGGGAGCAUCUGCCAAAGAAAAAGGGACGAAGAAGGGAAAGAAGAAAGGAAAGCAGGUUUACUGUCCAUCACAGCUGUCAUCUGAGGAUCUGGCCCGAGUCCCUGCGAAUUCAACCAGUAACAUCUUGAACAGGUUACUGAUCACCUAUGAUCCCAGAAUAAGACCCAACUUCAAAGGGAUUCCUGUGGAAGACCGAGUGAACAUUUUCAUCAACAGUUUUGGCUCCAUCCAAGAAACGACCAUGGAUUACAGAGUCAACAUCUUCCUGCGGCAGCGCUGGAACGACCCCAGGCUGAAGCUACCGCAAGACUUCAAGUCAGAUUCUCUCACCGUCGAUCCAAAGAUGUUCAAAUGUCUCUGGAAACCUGACCUGUUCUUCGCCAACGAGAAGAGCGCCAACUUUCACGAUGUUACCCAGGAAAACAUUCUGCUCUUCAUUUUCCGUAACGGGGACGUCCUCAUCAGUAUGAGGUUGUCCGUCACCCUCUCUUGUCCGCUGGACCUGACGUUGUUCCCCAUGGACACACAGAGAUGUAAGAUGCAACUUGAAAGCUUUGGCUACACCACAGACGACCUGCAGUUUAUGUGGCAGACAGGAGACCCAGUGCAGAUGGACGCCAUCGCUCUGCCACAGUUUGAUAUCAGACAAGAGGAUAUUGAUUAUGGGAACUGCACCAAAUUCUAUUCAGGAACAGGGUACUACACUUGUGUGGAGGUUAUCUUCACCCUAAGGCGACAGGUUGGCUUCUACAUGAUGGGUGUUUACGCCCCCACGCUGCUCAUCGUAGUCCUUUCCUGGCUGUCCUUCUGGAUCAACCCUGAUGCGAGUGCCGCCAGGGUGCCUUUGGGCAUCCUCUCGGUGCUCUCUCUGUCCUCCGAGUGCACUUCCCUGGCUUCCGAGCUGCCCAAAGUGUCCUACGUCAAGGCCAUCGACAUCUGGCUCAUCGCUUGCCUGCUGUUUGGUUUCGCCUCGCUGGUGGAGUACGCUGUGGUUCAAGUGAUGCUCAACAGCCCGAAGCGCAUCGAGGCCGAGAAGGCCAAGAUAGCAUCUAAGGAGAAAGCUGCGGGGAAGAGCCCCGCCGCCAAGAACAACACGGUCAACGGGACCGGAGGGACGCCGCUUCAUGUCAGCACCUUACACGUGGCGGAGACGCGCUGCAAGAAGGUGUGCACCUCUAAGUCAGACCUGCGGACCAACGAUUUCAGCAUCGUGGGCUCGCUCCCACGAGACUUUGAGCUGUCAAACUUUGACUGCUACGGGAAGCCCAUCGAUAUCGGCAGCGCUCACGGCAAAUCACAGGCCAAAAACAACAAGAAACCUCCUCCCCCGAAACCAGUCAUCCCCUCUGCUGCCAAAAGAGUCGACCUGUACGCCCGAGCCCUCUUCCCUUUCUCCUUCCUCUUCUUCAAUGUGGUUUACUGGUCCGUAUACUUGUGAUUAUUUCGAAAUGGUCUCGUAUUGUCAACCUCCCCCACUUCACCCAAUGAGUUCUUAAUCGACUACAUUCAAAAAGUUCAAUUCCAAAGUCAGUGAGUGCGUUUACAUGCACACUAGUAUCCUGGUUUUGAGUCUUAUCCUGUUUUCAGAUGCAGGAUGUGACGUUUAAGCUGAACAUGAAAAACCUGGUUAUUCAUAUCCCUGUAUACAUGAUCAUAACAGUAUCCAGGGUCCUGUGUCCUGAUUUCUCAUCAUCUCACCCACUAUUUUUUCUGUACAAAGAUUCAGAAUCAAGAUCAGGUGUUUACGUGCCAAAGUAUCCUGGUUUCUAUCGCAGUUCUCCAGCUAGCAGAUCCAGGUUUCUGAAACCAGGUACGAUGUUUACAACCCGAACAUAACUAGGAUGCUUAUGAAUGUGCAUGUAAGCGCACUCAUGGAGAAAUGUGAUUCUUACCCGGACAAAAUAAUUGCUGAGAAAAUAAAAACUUCUAUGUAUUAUUACAUUUAUACUUACAUACCAAAAUAGACUAUCAUCAUUUGUGUAUUAAACAAUGAUUAUAACUUAAACUUUCUUUACCUAAAAUUGAUAUAUAGCAUCUUGUACUGAAAAACCUAAUUUAUUGAUAAUGGUACUGGAGAGGGUAAUACAGGAUUGAUAACUGCUGUGAAAUCCACAAAGAUUAAUUGCGUAACAACCGAGCAGAAGGUGCACAGAUAUAUUAAAGAGCAUUUGUAAAUAGAUAUUUAAUUUUUCGCUCUGCCCGCAAGUUUAAUGAGUUAAUAGUUAAUAAGGCAUUUUAUUUCAGCUUCAAGGCAAAGUGUAACAUUGUAAUUACAUUGCAUGUUAAAAAAAAUUGCAUGUAUAUGAAGAUAAAAUCUAAAUAUAGAGAUAUAUACAAAGUAUUUAUUAUUGAAUUUAAUUAUUCUUAUGAUUUGCUCUUGAGAAGAUAAGUGGAUAUGUGAAACACUCCUGUUCCUGUCAGAUGGUAACGUGACACUGCCACCUUUCCAACUAAUGUAAUGUUUGACAUCACCCACCUGUAGCGUGUGUAAAUGGGUCACACGUGAGCCGUGACCAUGUAUUUGUGAAAUUUACAAGCAAAGAUUAAAUAAAAGAUCAAAUCACUUUUCACCACUUGAGUGUGAUUAAAGACGAACAC